AUGGCAUCGGGAGAAGAUUGGUGGAAAGUUCAACCGAGAUACUCUUCUGAAGUUCUCAUUGGAAACUGGGUAGAAGACAGAAUAAGGGGCCUGCCAAAGCAGUGCAUCUUCACCCAUCACGAGGAGCCAAGGAGCCGGAAUUUCGUAUCGGAGUAUGAGGAUGAAUACAACAGACGCUGCUACGACCCUGUGGCGCCUCCCCUCCGCACGUGGAAUGGACGCAAGCUUUCCUGGGUUCCUCAGAAAUCAGAUUUCCCCAUUCUUGAACCACCCAAAAACUAUGGGCUUUAUGAGUACCUGUUGAAGAAAUGGUUUGAGAAAGAUGAUGGAGUGAUGAAGAGUGUCUACACCAUCUCCUAUGAAAAGCCACCGAUUUCUGCUCUUGUUACUCCUCAUCAGAGACAGCCAGCUAAAACUUCUCCUCUCCUUUCCAACCAGGCACAACUUCCCCACAAUGUUAGUCAAACCCUCGACUAUGAAGGGGCUCAGAAUCAUCUACAAGCCAUUGGCCAACUGAUGAAAAGCAAAAAUGCCAGGGACACCUCUGUGUAA